CUUUGAAGGCGUCGUUGAACUACAUGCCAUGACUUUAUUAAUAUGAGGGGAAUGAGGGGAAACCUCUUGUCCUUCUCCUCUUCCUAUUUAUAAACUCUCAGAAAUCUGCAAACAAUUGAAGUAAUUCAAUAUUCAUCAACUAAUUUAUAAUUCUCUCUCGCUGAAAAUGGAGCGACUUAUUAGGGCCAUUCGUACCACUCCAUUAAUUGACAGCCGCGCACGACCAUUACUGAUUCCUUCAUCCAAGACCAGACAUUCCUUACUAGGCAUUACUACCAAAGGCAAUGGAGACGCUCUAAAAGCUUCUCGUUCAACUUUGGCACACAUUCGAGCUACAAAUCAACUUGCAGAUAUUCUCGGUUGUCCCCCAACAUGGAACGAUGUCUUGGAAGCCAUUGAAAAAGAGAACGAAAAGCUAGGCGAUGCGUGGAUCAAACAAUGUCUGAAAGGGAUUGAAAUAGUUCUUCUUGAUUGUUUGAGUACGGAAAAUCAAACUUUCGACUAUUUUUUGCAUGGCAGCUCAACAAGAAGUAAGUGCAAGAGGAUAGUAAGGAUUGAAAGUCUUGCAGCAGACAUAGUGAAUCAGAACAUCAUGUUAUUAGCUAUCUCUGAAGAUAAGUUCUUUAAUUCAGUGGUCGAGGAGCUUCAAAAGGGUAUAAAUGAUGCGAUUUCUGAUACCGAUGUUGUCGGCUUUAUAUCAGUCAUCUGUUAUAAACCAAAGCUUGAUAUUGCUUGGGUCUGUCCCCUCGAAAUGAUAAAAUCGACCUUGAUACAAUGUAUUUGGAAACCACAGAACGAGGGUCAUAUUCGCUUCAAAGGGUUCGAUAGCCAAAUUUUGAACUCCUGGAUCAUUCACAUGACAGCUUUACUCAUCCGACAAUCCGAAAGUUCCCACAAGAAGCCAAUUCAGUUCCACACCAGUUUAGGCGAUGAUGAACUACCUCUCACUCGCUCUUUGCCAUCACAUCUAGAAGACUUCAUUCGUGACUAUUCAGAUGUUCCAAUCGUUUUAGUACAUUCUUGUUAUCCAUGGACGAAGGAAGCGGGAUACUUGGCUACCGUACACUCAAAUGUGUAUGUUGACAUUGGUGAAGUGUUUCCUUGUGUAAGCCAGGAUGGUCAAGAAGGUGUUAUCCGCGAUCUUCUGGAGCUUUGUCCUACGGAGAAGAUUGUGUGGAGCUCAGAUGGGCAUGAUUUCCCAGAAACGUAUUUACUCGCACAAAUUCAAUCUCGUGAAGCUUUGAAAAACAUUGACUGUUCAACAGGCCUGUUGAAGUCGUUGAAAAUAUAUUCUUCAAACACAUCUACUCAGCUGUAUGCCCUCCAGUCCAAAAUUGAGGCCUAUGAAAUACAGGAUGUUUGA